CCGGAAGUUACGGUGGAGUGGCGUUGGCGAGCACAGCAGGACUGAACAGGCAAAGACGAUACCGGGGGAGGGAGAGGAGCCGGUGAACAAACGGCGAAAGAGUCCACCGUCCAUUAAGAGUAACAUAAGUGUUUGGGUUUCAACAUCUAGAAACACGCUUUUUUAAGUCCUCACCUCCGUGGCUGAAGCAGAUCCCCGGCCUUUCUCCGUGCGGGAUAUUGGCUCGGUUGCUUUGGGGGUGGAGUAGCCGAGUGUUGAGGGAUCCCGGAGUGUUAGAGGUGAAUAGUGUGAACACCUCUCUAUGUGUGUGACAAUGGGGGACAUCAGUGACCUGGACCGACAAAUAGAGCAGCUCCGACGCUGUGAGCUCAUCAAGGAAAAUGAAGUCAAAGCAUUAUGUGCUAAAGCCAGAGAGAUUCUAGUUGAAGAAAGCAAUGUUCAGAGGGUAGACUCUCCUGUCACAGUGUGUGGAGAUAUUCAUGGACAGUUCUAUGACCUGAAAGAGUUGUUCAGAGUUGGCGGUGACGUUCCGGAGACAAAUUAUCUCUUCAUGGGGGACUUUGUGGACCGUGGCUUCUACAGUGUGGAGACUUUUCUUCUGCUGCUAGCUCUUAAGGUGCGUUAUCCUGAUAGGAUAACCCUAAUCCGAGGAAACCACGAAUCCAGGCAAAUUACACAGGUCUACGGCUUCUACGAUGAGUGCCUCCGCAAAUAUGGUUCAGUCACCGUGUGGAGAUACUGCACUGAGAUUUUUGAUUACUUGUCACUUUCUGCUAUCAUUGAUGGAAAGAUCUUCUGCGUCCAUGGUGGUUUGUCUCCCUCCAUCCAGACAUUGGACCAGAUCAGGACCAUUGAUAGGAAACAGGAAGUGCCCCAUGAUGGACCCAUGUGUGACCUUUUGUGGUCAGACCCUGAAGAUACCACAGGAUGGGGGGUGAGUCCCAGAGGAGCUGGCUACUUGUUUGGGAGUGAUGUGGUGGCUCAGUUCAACGCCGCCAACGACAUACACAUGAUAUGCCGGGCCCACCAGCUGGUCAUGGAGGGAUACAAGUGGCACUUCAAUGAGACUGUGCUCACAGUGUGGUCAGCACCAAACUACUGCUACAGAUGUGGAAAUGUGGCAGCCAUCUUGGAACUUGACGAGCAUUUACAGCGAGAGUUCAUCAUAUUUGAGGCAGCACCACAGGAGACCAGAGGCAUCCCUUCCAAGAAACCAGUAGCUGACUAUUUCCUGUAAAAUCUUUAAAUAGCCAGCCAUGUGUCAAAUUCUAGUACCAUUUAACACCAAGCGACCUCCAUCCUGCUGCUGGAGCAUUCCUUCAGCCUGAACUCUACGCAGUUAGACAGAAAACCCGCCCGAUCCUGCAAAGCUGUGCAGCUUCAGCUUGAAGAGCUGGAUUUUUGCCUGAUUGCCCAGUCCUGACAGAGCAGUUGCAGUGAGAGGUGGAAAGGCGUGGCAAAUACUGGGCCAAUGACUGUUGUCACUUCUAAGCUAUAUGAGGCUGACUCUUAAAGCCUUCAGCCAACCUCUUCCGCCUGAUCCCCUCCUCACUAUGUGUAGAUACAUCCUUGUUUUCAGCUCAACUCUUUUCUAGUGUUCUUUUUUAUUUUUUAUGACAAAUAUUGUAAUUUAGUUUUAGAACUUUGAAUGGAGCAAAGUCUUUUUUCUUUUUCAGAAAUCUACAGCUGUAGGAGAUUUUACAAUUUUAUCAGUUAAGGAAUUCCUUUAAUAGAUCCAUUUUGUUUGACUUUGUAUAACUGUUGUUUUUGUCUGUCAUCUGUUACGUGCGUUGAUCUUUAACAUUCUACGUGCUGCUGCUCAGCACCAUCACAAAUAAACGUCAGAUGUGUAACCAACUCAACAAAGUCACAAUGUUCUCUAUUUUUCUCCUCUUAAUUCAUUUUAAUCUCUGGAUUGCUCUAGCUCUGUCAAUUUUGAUAUGGUGAAAAUAAAGUUUUUCUAUCAAUACUGA